AUGUCUGCACAUUCCACUUAUGUAGACUCGCUGCACAUAGCAGUUUUGGCUUCCAUACUUUCUCCUAUCAUUUACUGGAUCAUCAGGGACAGAUACAGACUGAGAAACCUCAAUGGAGAGCAUGUCUUCAUAACAGGCUGUGACACUGGACUUGGAAACUCACUGGCUAAAUGGCUUGACAAAAAGGGAUUUUGUGUCAUUGCUGCAUGUGCCACAGAAAAAGGAAGCCAAGAGCUACGGCGCUGCUCUUCGCUCUCAUUGAAGACAGUGAAUCUGAACUUGGCAGACUCCAACAGCAUUGCCAGGGCUGUGGUGUUUGUGACUGAACAGACAGCUGGCAAGGGGCUUUUUGGCUUGGUGAGCAAUCCUGAAGGAACAGCACCUGUAGGACCCACCGACUGGCUGAGGAUUGAAGACUUCCAUUCUGUCCUGGAUGUUAGCCUGCUGGGAUUGAUUGAAAUCACACUCAAGCUUCUGCCACUUCUGAAAAAAGCUGAGGGAAGAGUUGUCAAUCUAAUUAAUGCCAAAGGUCUUAUGGCUUUUGUAGGGGGUGGCUACAGUCUGUCCAAAUGGGGAAUGGAAGCUUUCUCUGACACCCUACGGAUAGAAAUGCGGCAUUUUGGAGUGAAAGUAAGCAUUGUUGAGCAUGGUUUCUUUAAGGCAGAAGAUGUUAAUUCAGAUGCCAUUGAGAAAUACCUCCUCAGACUUUGGAACAGACUGACUCCUGAGAUCAGGGACUCCUAUGGAGAAGAAUACUUAGUUGAAUAUAUAAAAGCCCAAAGAACAUCAGUGAAAAGACUGUGUGACUAUGAUAUUUCUAAUGUCAUAAAAUGCAUGGAACACGCCCUGAUAGCAAAGUACCCCAGGACACGAUACAGAGCUGGAUGGGAUGCAAAGUUCUUCUGGCUGUUUCUCUCCUAUGCCCCAAGCUGUCUGUCUGACAUGCUGUUGCGUAUUACACUUCCAGUUCCAGCAGAGAGCAAGAGACCUGUUCAUGGAGUUCUAAUGAAUGUCUAG